GCCAACGCUGCCAGUCGUAGUUUGUCCGUCCGGAUACUAGGACCAUACAUCCCACCUGAUUUAAUGAUAAAGUUUAUCCCCGAAAAAGUCGUGAACUUAACUUCUUGUGUUUCAUAGACGUGAUUAUACCAAUGUUGAAAUAUUGCUUAUUACUAGUGUAUUUAGUUCUGUGAUUUAAGAUGGCCAGAUCUCUGGUAACCAGGAUAGUGACACUUUGUUUAGUGAUCACUGCAACGUACGGACAAAUCCCCGACACACAAUACUCUAGUGAAGAUACCACGCCGAAUUUGAGUGAUGUUGAAGGCCGACAGAGUAGUUCUGACCUGGAGUUCCGUUAUCACGACCACGAGGAACUGACGCGGUACCUACGGGCGGUAUCCGCAAAGUAUCCGGCCCUUACAGCACUCUACUCUAUAGGGAAGUCUGUGGAAGGUCGUGACCUUUGGGUGAUGGUUGUUUCGGCUUCGCCUUACGAGCACAUGAUCGGAAAACCUGAUGUGAAAUAUGUGGCCAACAUCCACGGCAAUGAGGUCGUCGGACGGGAAUUGCUGUUGCAUCUCAUACAGUACUUGGUGACAUCUUAUGAAACAGAUUCAUACAUCAAAUGGCUACUAGACAACACGAGGAUUCACCUGAUGCCGUCUAUGAACCCUGAUGGUUUCGCCAACUCCAACGAAGGUCAAUGUGUCACCACUGUCGGCAGGCACAACGCCCGGAGGUACGACCUGAACAGAAACUUCCCAGACUUCUUCAUACCGAACACGAAGCAGUCGCAGCCAGAGACGGAGGCUGUCAAGGAGUGGAUCAGCAAGAUACAGUUCGUGCUGUCGGGCUCGCUGCACGGCGGCGCCCUCGUCGCCUCAUACCCCUUCGACAACACCCCUAGUGCUAGAAUGUGCAGAUCUUCUGUAUUAUGCAAAGUGUUCCAAAGAUACUCGCCGACGCCGUCUAUCGCGCCGGACGACGACGUCUUCCGUCACCUAUCGCUGGUCUACUCCACGAACCACGCUAAGAUGUCACGCGGCGUCUCCUGCAGGUCCCACGUCCCCUUCAAGGAUGGCAUCACUAACGGUGCAGCCUGGUAUCCACUCACAGGUGGAAUGCAAGACUACAACUACUUGUGGCACGGGUGUAUGGAAAUCACUUUGGAACUUUCGUGUUGCAAAUACCCACCAGCACAUGAACUGCCCAAAUAUUGGGCCGACAACCAACAGGCGCUGAUCAAAUACCUGGCGGAGGCUCACCGCGGCGCACACGGCUUCGUGAUGGACGAGAACGGCAACCCGGUGGAGCGCGCGGCCGUCAGGGUGAAGGGCCGUGACGUUACAUACCACACCACCAAGUACGGAGAGUUCUGGCGCAUACUCCUGCCUGGCAACUAUCGUCUUGAUGUGUCAGCGGAGGGCUACAUACCGCAAGAAGUAGAGUUCGUCGUCAUUGACAGCCAUCCAACACUGUUAAACGUCACUCUUCAUUCCGCUAAAUUGGAGAGAAGCCGCACGUCGCUACCGAGGCAGAAGCCGGUCUCGCUUCACGCCGCCGACAAUCGCAACACUACUUGGUCUAUCCCGAAAUAAUCUUUAUUUGCGUAUUGACAACGGGGGCUACUACCGGCCGCUGGCGCCACGGCCGCCGCCUGCGCCCGCGCCGGGCUUCUUUGCCUCCAUCACAAACUCC